AUGAACAUUUUUACCGUGAUUCUUGUUCUUGCUGUCAUAUCUUUUGGAGUUAUAACUCCUUCUAUUAAUGCUGAAGAUGUAAUCCGAUACAAUAUGACUCUCGGUUUCAAUAAUCAAUUAAAUAGUUCAACUAAUUAUACUUGCGACGCUGGAUAUCAUUUAUGUUCAGAUAGUAUAGGGAGGUGUUGUAUGAAUGGAUAUUUCUGUUGUACAGAUAGUGGAGGUGGAUGCUGUCCAGAUGGAACAUCCUGUGAAUCUGGACACAAAUGUUCCAAGAAUUAUGGCGGAACGGGUGGAACAGGCGGAACAGGCGGAUUAAGUGAUCCUGUUACGAUAAUAAUAAUUGUGGUAUUAGUUAUUAAGAUAUUAUUAAUAAUCUUUUGUCGUAAACGACUAUUUAAAUGGCUCUUAACUACCAGGGAAAAUCGACGCCCUCAGACGGCUUGA